CCAGCUCUUUUCUCUGAGCAGGAGGUAGAAGCAGAGUUUACUCGCAUCACCACUGUACCACUGAGAUCAAAAUUCAUGCAACAGCUGGAUCAUCAUUCUACACGGCUGAUUACAAUCUUCAAAAGAAAAGGAGGAGCAGCAGGGCGGAAAAUAAGGACUAUCAUGGCAGACUUGGAUAAGAAUGAUGCUGUUGAAACAAGAAGAGCCUGUGUACUGAAAGCACUAAUGGUUUACCUCAAUGAAGACCCUGAAAAUCUCAUAAGAGAGUACAUGGAUGUUGAAGACAACCAGGAGGCUAUGGACCAGACAGUCCUGGGAAUCUUUGCCAUAAAGAUGGAAGGUGCAGAGUCUUCAGAUGGCCUGGCAGAUGUUGGAAUAAUCAUUGAAGGUGUGGAAGUGCUCCAUGACCUUGAUAACACUGCAAAUGCAGUCGCCAUUUUGUUUGGCCUCAUGUACUCACUGGACCUGAGCUAUCCAACAAACCUGAAGUACACAUUUGAGGUUCUGCAAAAACUUGUGAUGGAACUAGAUGGCAACAAACUUUCAACAAAGGCUCAAGUGCUAAAGAACAAACUAUUUGAAGGAACAUUUUAGAGUGUAGUGCUCCUGAGCAGCACAGAGGAAACUUGGAGGACAAAUUCCAUCCCAAACCAUCUGGCAGAAAACUGAUUUUUGGAUCUGCAUGUUGAACUGUGAACUGUGAAGAGUGGAUCAGAUGCACUAAAUGUUUAACAGAGUUGAGAAAAUGUUUACAAAAGAGACAAUAACAAACUUGAAAAACACAAAUGAGAAGUUUGAAUUCACGUCAGCUGCAGAAGUGGAGAUCAACAAUGUGAAAUGGAGAGUGAUGGGUGAAUAUUGAAAGUUGUAGCAAGGAGGAUGAGAGAAACAAAUCGAAAUCGUGUUUAUGGUGCUGUGAUCAAACGUUGACCAAGUUCCUGUUCAUAAGAUUUGGUACUGUCUGUUGAAAAUGUACGUUGGACUACUUUUUUUAUUUUUCCUUUUUUUUCCUUUGUGAUUUAAUUUUAGAAAACACUGCACUGAUUUGUUUGUUUUUUUACCCCUACAAUGCUGAAGUGGCAGGGAGGAAAAGAUAAUUUUGAAGUAUUUUUACUUGACAUUUGUUCACUCUAUUCAUGUAGAUGGUUCUACAUGAAUAGGAUGGAUCUUUAAAAAAUCAGUAUCUAAUGUUUCAUUGUACAGUGUUCAGUAAUUGUGAGGGGAGAAAAGCCAUGUUCAUUCUGCCUGCUUCUUAAAGAAUAUAGCUUUAAGUUUUGGUUUGGUUUUGUAGGUCCUGUAAGAGAUUUUUGUUUUCAUUGGGCAUUUUAUACAAAUUUAACUGUAAACAAAAUUGAGUAUUUUAUAGCAUAAAAAACAUUUUAAUAUAAACAUUUUUAUUUAGAAAUGGGGAAAUAAAAAUAAGCUAUACAUGUUGAAAAAUGGUUUGUUUGAUAUGCAGGAGCAAUUUUAAGGUAUAACUCACGCAAAUUCAAAGUUUGUGGUUUAAAAUUUGUUUGUUUGUUUUGUUUGUGAUUGUUGUAGUUUUCCAUUGGCAAUAAAUAAUAUUUU